AUGGCCAAGAGCGUCCGUGCUAGUGUCUCCAAGCGCAACAGAGCCAAUCUUCGGAAGAAGGUGUUUGGCCCGGUGGUUGAUGCAAGAACUGAAAGACUGGCCGCCAAACUCCAGGACCUUGCAUCGCAGCCCCGUCCAGAAGCUUCAGAGAAGUCUGAGAUGGAUUUGGGUGCAGAUGGAGCCAAUGACCACAAUGCCAAUGAUGCGGCGAAGUCUUCUCAGACCGGUGAAGGUUGGUCGCUCCUCGUUCCCUGGACAUUUUGUAUUUUCUUUGGAUUGAACUUGGUUAACUUCUUCGGUUUGCCCUCAGAAAUGGAUCUCGAUGCCCUCAAAACCAAGAGCCGAUCCCAGAAAUCAGGCCGUGUGCAAAAGCGCAAUCGGAGGACGCGGCCAUCUAUCCUCCGUUACAUCUACGCUGGUCUGUCUCUUGGGAUCCCCCCCCCCCCGGGCUCUUAUGGUGGCACUAUGGCCAUCUUUCGAUCCAGCUGGGCGACCUUGGUUGCCAACUUGCUGGUGCCUGUGGGCAUUCUCACCUUCUCCUCGGGGUUCUUCCCUUAUAAGCCGUUACUCCCUGGGUUGGCUACAUUCGAGAACGAGAAUGGCACGCCCGCAGUAUUCGACAAGGUCAUCUUCAUGGUGGUGGAUGCCCUAAGGAGUGACUUUGUCUACGCGAAUGGCUCCGGGUUCUUGUUCACGCAAAGCUUGAUUCGUUCUGGCGCUGCCUUGCCAUUUACUGCCCAUGCGAGCUCGCCGACGGUCACAAUGCCUCGGCUCAAAGCGAUGACCACGGGGUCUGUUCCCUCCUUCUUGGACGUCAUUCUAAAUAUUGCCGAGUCUGAUACCUCGUCGACCCUCGCGUAUCAAGAUACAUGGCUGGCGCAAUUGAAAGCCCGAGGAGACCGGCUGGUCAUGUACGGGGACGAUACAUGGCUCAAGCUCUUUCCGGGGAUGUUUGACCGGGCCGAUGGGACAACGAGCUUUUUCGUGUCGGAUUUUGUGGAAGUAGAUCAUAAUGUCACCCGCCACGUCCCCGGUGAGCUUUCCAACAGCGACUGGUCGGCUCUCAUCAUGCAUUACUUGGGAUUGGAUCAUAUUGGGCAUAAAGCGGGCCCCAGAAGUUCCUUUAUGGCAUCGAAACAGCACGAGAUGGAUAUGGUGGUAGGCGAAAUCUAUAGUGCGAUGCAACAGAAGCCGCAUCUGCAGUCGACACUUUUUGUGUUGUGUGGAGACCAUGGCAUGAACGACGCAGGAAACCAUGGCGGAUCGUCCGCGGGGGAAACCUCGCCUGCUUUACUUUUCAUCUCUCCCAAGCUGGAGGCCUUGGGGGAGCGGGCAGAAAGCCCUGUUGAACCAUUUGCUGAUCUUCAGUACUAUCGAACGGUGGAACAAGCGGACAUCACUCCGACAUUGGCAGGACUCCUGGGCUUGCCGAUACCUCUGAAUAGCCUGGGGGUCUUCAUUCCAGAGCUUCUGAAUAUGUGGGAUCACGGAUCACAGAAGCUCCAUCUCUUGCAUCGCAAUGCGAGACAGCUAUUGAACACAAUCCAAGCAACUUUUCCCGGGUCUUCAUUUGGUCUUGAGACUAUUGCAUCGAGUUGUGCCUCGGGACCAGACUCGGGGAUCGAGGGCGCUCAGUGUGCAUGGUCUCAAGUGCAUCAGCUUCUUGCCGACGCCCCCGAGGCCGGUGACUCGUACACGCUCGCCGGACCCGCUUUGUUGCGGUUCUCAAAGAUCGCGCAGGAUGUGAUGAGCAGCACUGCCAGCAAUUACAAUCUAGGAAGACUUUGUCUGGGUCUGCUGGUCACAGCUAUUGCCGCUGUGCUCGUUUUCCCAACUACCUGUCAUCAGUGCAUGCAGUCCCGGUAUGCCGGGGUGUUCUUGAUGUUCAUGAUCAUUGGAUAUGGGGCCAUGAUGUUCGCGAGCAGUUACGUAGAAGAGGAGCAGCAGUUCUGGUAUUGGAUUUGCUCCGGAUGGAUUGUCUAUCUGCACGCCCGAUCGCAAUCAUCUUCGAAACCGGGGUCAUCACGGCUGAACAAAGCAGCCUCGCUGGGGCUCGCGGUCUCCCUGCGAUUUUUGAGACGGUGGAACCAGACGGGGCAAAAGUUUGCUGCGGAGCCAGACAUCGGUCGGACCUUCUUUCCACGCAAUCCAAGCAUCUUGUGGGGCUUGGUGGUCGUGGCCUAUGCCGAUGCGGGCGGCCAACUUCUCUCUAGUUUGCCGGAUGCUAUACUGUUGAAGCUGUGGGCCUUGACUCUGACCAUCGGCGCCUUUGGUUUCAAAUUGAACUUUGCAGCAUCAGAUGUCCCGGAACUCCUCGACGGAACCUUCAUCUCCAAGACAGUGGGGAUGUGGCCCAACGGCCCAUCGCUGAUUUUGCAGGCAAGGCUUGUUUUCGGGGGAUUGAUUUGCUUGGUCCUUCUCGCAAUUUGCCGCCGGUAUAGACUUAGAAUCGCGCGAGCGGCACCCAACGCCCUUUUGCAUGGUGCUCUUCAUCUCUUUUUGAUGACCCAGUCAAGGGUCACAAACAUCCCACUGUUCCUGAUCUUCCGAACCCAGGCGGUGAUGCUAUCCUCGAUGAACCUGACCGGUAUGGAGUUGACCAUCACGGGCCUGGUCUUGCAGUACAUGACAUUCUUUGCCUUUGGGGGCUCGAAUGCCAUCUCGUCUGUCGAUCUUUCCAAUGCAUACAAUGGCGUGGGCUCUUAUAGCGUGUUGCUGGUCGGCGUUCUCACCUUUGUGAGCAACUGGGCUGGACCUAUCUGGUGGCUUUCUCAAAACCACCUGCUCCGAACCAGUCAAGUAUCCACAGAGCACAAUCCCGCGGCCCUGCUGACGUUCCAUGUCGCAACUUCCGUGAUCUCGGUCAUGGCUGCCUGUACAGCUCUUCGCACGCAUCUCUUCAUCUGGACCGUGUUUUCCCCGAAAUUCCUUUACACGAUGGCAUGGGCCACAGCCCAUCAUGUGGGGGUGAACCUCCUGGGCGAACUCGGCCUCUCCUCGCUUCGAUCUAGAUAA